GAAUGAACGAACGUCAUUGAUUGAAUGACAGAAAUUGAAUUAUUAUUUACUUUGUUGGUGUGUUGUUAGGGCGUGUGUGGACUUUAGUUAUGCGUUAAUAAUUUAAUUUGUGAAUUUAAUUUUAGUACCAUUGUUUGUUCUUAUUUUUCGACAUUUUACUCUUUAGAAUAAGUUUCUUGAUAAUCUUACCUGUUUGAUUGUCUGUGAUAAUUACCCACUGUAAAAUUCCAAGGAUGUUAAGAGGAAGAGUGAAACAUUUAUUACAUUGUGUUUCAUUUUUAUCAUUCAUAUUUUUCUUCCUAGUUUUUGCCGGAGCCAUAAAUGUGAAUGAUGAACAGAAAGAAAUAGUUGAUCCUUGGGAAGCUUAUGGAAUAUAUGGAACAAUUAUUUUGUAUGUUUUGAGACUGUUAACAUUACUCACUAUACCUCAGGUUUUAUGUAAUUUUGCUGGAUUAAUAUUUUUCAAUGCUUUCCCCGGCAAAGUGAAAUUAAAAGGUUCUCCUCUGUUGGCACCAUUUAUAUGCAUCAGAGUGGUAACCAGAGGUGAUUUUCCAAAACUUGUGAAGGAGAAUGUCACUAAAAAUAUGAACUUGUGCUUAGAUGCUGGAAUGGAGAAUUUCAUGGUGGAAGUAGUUACAGAUAAGGCUAUAAACCUGCCUAAACACAGACGAGUGAGAGAAGUCGUAGUGCCCUCAGAAUACAAGACCAAGACUGGAGCAUUAUUUAAAUCAAGAGCAUUGCAGUAUUGCUUGGAAGACAGUGUCAAUAUUUUGGCUGGGACAGAUUGGAUUGUGCAUUUAGAUGAAGAGACACUGCUUACAGAAAACUCCAUCAGAGGAAUAUUGAAUUUUGUGUUAGAUGGUCAACAUCAAUUUGGACAAGGACUUAUUACUUAUGCAAAUGAAAAUAUCAUUAAUUGGGUGACAACAUUAGCAGAUAGUUUUCGUGUGGCAGAUGACAUGGGCAAGCUGCGGUUUCAGUUUUACUUGUUCCACAAGCCAUUGUUCAGCUGGAAAGGCUCGUAUGUAGUUACACAGGUCAGCGCUGAGAGAAAAGUGUCCUUUGACAAUGGUCUGGAUGGUUCCGUGGCUGAAGACUGCUAUUUUGCUAUGAAAGCUUACAUGGAAGGCUACUCAUUUAACUUUGUUGAAGGUGAAAUGUGGGAAAAAUCUCCAUUUACUUUGUGGGACUUUAUCCAGCAGAGAAAAAGAUGGAUUCAAGGUAUACUUUUAGUUGUACAUUCUAAGGAAAUACCUCUUGUUAAUAAAAUUUUCCUAGCAAUAUCAUGUUAUUCAUGGGUGACACUGCCAUUGUCAACAAGCAAUGUUUUACUAGCCGCUGUUUGUCCCAUACCUUGUCCUACACUUUUGGACAUUGUAUGUGGAUUCAUAGGUGCUGUCAAUAUUUACAUGUACAUAUUUGGUGUUAUAAAAUCAUUCCCCAUAUAUAGAUUUGGACCACUGAAAUUCUUCUUAUUCAUUGGUGGAGCUUUGGCUACAAUUCCAUUCAAUAUUGUGAUUGAAAAUAUUGCAGUAGUUUGGGGCGUUUUAGGUAAGAAACACAAAUUUUAUAUAGUCAACAAAGAGGUCAAGAUUCCAGUGACAGUAUGAGGCACUUAUUUAUCAUAUCAUUUUGAAUUUUGUUAAUAGUGUAAGUGCACAAAUACUUUACUCCUGCACUCAUACAGAAGUAAGAGUAGUGUUUGUAUGACUCAACAUUUGUGAUUGUUUAUUUAAGAUAGGUAAGAUCUUCAAAAUUUAUACAAGUGACUGAAUGAUAUAGCUUUUGUUACCAAAGUGUGAAAUUAGGAACAAACUUAUUUUUAAUUUUGGCAUUACCUAAUUAUAAAUAUUCUUCUAAUAGAUUUAAAUAACUUUCAUAGGCUAUUAAGCACAAUUUAUGUAAAAAUGAGGGAUAAUAGUGAACAUGCUAAAAUACUUAAUGUACAUUUUAUUUUUUUAUGUUUUUCUAUUACAGUCAUUUUUAUUAUUAUUUUUGUAACAAAACAAAAUAGUUUCCAAGUAUUUCUUGUGAAUGAGAAUAACAUUAGGGGACUUUAGUGGUUUUUUAAUAGUCACAAAUUGAAGAAUUCACUUCUGGAAUAUAUUAAUGAUGACAUACUGCUAUCUAUAGUACAAAAUGGUAGGUACUUAAUUAAUUACUAUGCAAUGCAUGACAUUUAGUAAGUAACAUUAAACUAUUUACAUACUUCUUCACUGGCUUAAAUUUUUUAUACCUACCAACUGUUACACAUUUUUAUAAUUUUUAGUGACUAUGCUUAGAUGCAAUUUUAAUAUGUACCUACCUACAAUAUUUCAGUUUAAUUGAGUAUAUACGUUUCCAUAAAAGAAUGAGAAGUACUAAUAUGGUAUACCUACCUACAUUUUUGGUGUUCAGUAUUAUAUGAUUUGAAAACAAUUGUUGACUUGGCGUUUUGUGCUGUACUUAAUAGAAACAUUUUUAAAUGUUCCAAACCACUUAAUAUUUCUUACGUAGUAGUGAUCUUAUACGUGUUCACGCGUAUUUUUAUUGUCAAUUACGUAACGCGUCGAAUUCAUGCCUAAAGCCCCCAAAAAUCUGAAAAACAUUUUCGAUAUAAGUGUACCCACAUCUCUAAUUCCGCAGCACUUUCGGUUUUGAUUAUUUCAAAAUCGUAAUUUGAAUGCAGUAUAGACAGUUCCACUAAUAGUAUCCUUAGCUUAUGAACUGUGAUCAAAAUAUUCAGAUUUUGUCACAUCAUUCUGCAUCGCACUGAAUAUUGGGGCGUAUUGGUAACGCGGCCUUUAUAAAAAUUAAAUAUACUCGUAGACGCAAUAUUAAUUCUUACGUCGGGAUGGAAUGGAACACUUAAGUCAUUAUGUAAAAAUAUGUUUUUGGUGUAUGAUCUUUCUGUAUAUGAUUAUCAGAAUUGUGGCAAAGAUAUUAGAACUAAGUAAUUUUAAUUAUUUAUUUAAAUAAUAUUUUUACUUAAAACACCUAUAUUAAUUCUCAGUAUCAAAAUGUUUUAAUAUAAUGUUUACCUCAACUUAGGUAGAUAGAUACAUAAAUCUUCCCAAAUUAUUUAAUUUUAAUGACAUUGUGCAGACAUAUUGCGAAUUUAUUGCUAAUAUAUUUAGUCAAACGAAAAGACAUACCUAAUUAAGAUUAUGAAUAUUAAUUACCAAUACACCAUAUUAAUGGGAAUGCAUAUUUAGAACUUAGUUAUAAAUAAAUACAUAUUAUUAUAUUAAUACACAUAGAGUAUUAUAAUAGGAUUAAAGUCACAAGUAUCUCAAGCUCAAAACAAGCUAAGUAUAAUUUUUACUGAAAUCUGAAUACAGAACAUUGUUUAAAAUUGUUUGAAGUAGUAUGGUCCAAGUAAACAAUAUGAUAUCUUUGUGUCAUUUAUAAAUGGUAGAUUGUUUAGUUAAUUUAAACACCACUUUUAACUAGUCAUGUAAUAAUUAUUAUCGUGGCGUGUGAAAUAAUUAGAGUAGAUUUAAUUUAGCGAAGAUGCCAUUAUCUAGGCCUGUCUGUGUAAUUAGUGCAAGUAUUUGACACCAGGGGUCAGACUAUAAUUAGUGUAACUGCUUGUCAUUGUUCCUCUUUAUGGUCCACUCGCACAUCUAGGAUUGGCCUACUAAUUACAACAUCAUUCUAUAAUAUGUUUAGUCACUCAGUUCGUUUGCACUUGAAAGAGAAUAAGAAGUUAUAUUAAUUCAAAUUCUUAUAGGAAUUGUUUAAACAUUUGAAUUCUAAUUACCUCCGUUUCAACCACCAAUCCUAGACUUAUAAAUCUUGUGCAAGUAAACCUAAGACAAACAAGGACUUUUAAUAUUUUGUUUGUCAAAUGCCAGAAUCUGGGUUUAGUGGUAAAUAUGAUUCGCUGAACAUUACUAUUAGUUUUAGAACUUGUAUUAUUUUCAUUUAUUAUUUAGGAUUGGGCAUUUGAACGAGUAUGAGUUCUCCACUAUUGCGGUUUAAAAAUGUUUGAUUGUGUUCGACGAGUCAGAUUUUUUGUGUCCUCACAAAAAAGCUAAACUUGUAGUUACUAGAGGACUAUAAAAACCAUGGUAAAAAAUAUAUCACCUUGAACCUCGCAGUUGUUUGUCUAAUUUUAGUUAUAGUUUAGGUUUUUUCCUAUGUAGGUAUGUCAUAUUUACGAACGCGAAUUUGCUAUCAAUAUUUUCAUGAUACAAAACAAAACAAAACUAACUUCGGACGAACUUUUGGCCUCCGUAAAUAUGGCACUCAUUGAAAUCAACAUCUGUAUUAUUAGGAGAAUAACCCAAAUGUUAUCUACCAUGUUUUGAAAAACUAAUAAUACUUUUUUGUAUGAUAAGUAGUGUGGAAUUCAUGCGCGUAGAUACUUUUUUCAUUACCUGCUACCGAAUGAUUGUUACUUUUGUAUGUUUUAUUUAUUUUUGUGGUUUAUUAUGUUCGAAUAACUUAAAUUAGCGUGUAUGUUUGUUGUAUUACGAUGUUGAUCGUAAAUAGAGUGGGGCAAAAUUAUUGUUAAUAAUGUUGAUUUUUUAUUUGGUGCAAGAUAUUUAUGUCUAAAUUAGUGCUGUUUACAAAAAUUACUUACCUUUAUAUUAUCGUUAACGAAGAAGUUUAUUUGUCAUAUGAUUCGGUGAUUUUUAUUAUGCUGACUGCAGUAAAAAUGUAACUGAUUUUAGACAUAAAAAUCCUGCACGUCUAAAAUGUUUUGUUCGAACAGUUACAUGUAGGUACGCGUGUCUAAAUCGAAGUUCAGAUUAUGAACAAGUUACAAUAUAGCUAUGAAUAUAAUUAAUUGAGCAUGUA